UUAAUUUUCAAAUUUUGCAUAAAUAGAUAUAUCAUUUAGUAUCCCUUGUAAACAAACAAUUGAAUUAACUUUUAACUUCAGUUAAAAUGGGAUUAACGUGAUUUUUCGUAUCUGACGGAAAACGUAUAUGUUUUCUGGUCGGUGGCGUGUUACCAUUAUUCUGUGAUUUCUCCGAUUUCAAAGAUUUAUAUUUUUGUUUACAUUUGGAAUUUUAUUUUGGAAAUUUCGAAAAUCACUUCCGGAAUAAGCUGUACAUGGACAUGAACGAUUUAUGUCGAUUAUGUUUAUCUGAGAUUGUUCAAAAUUCUGUUACAUUAAGCACAAAUCCAGAGAUGUUUUAUAAAAUUAAAGAAUGCGUCUCCAUUGAAAUAACCGAAGAGGAUUGUUAUACAAAAUCAGUUUGCGAAACGUGCCUUAACAAAGUGAAUGGUUGGUUCGAAUUUAAAGAGAUGUGUUUAAUUUCUGCACAAGUUUUGAAAAAAAGAUUAAAAUAUGGUCUGGAAACCACAGAUUGUAGUAAUUUAACAAACGUUUCUAAAAUUUGUGAUGAAGGAAGCAUUCCCGAUUUGGAGAAUGAUAAUUACAAUCAAGUCGAUAAUUUUAAGGAUAAAAUUCAAGCAUGUUAUAAAUGCGAUUUCUGUGAUAAAAAUUUUGUUUAUUAUAUGGAUUAUCUGGACCAUCAGGAUAAACAUGAGGGACAACCUAUUUUUAACUGUGUUAAAUGCCAAGUGGUGUUUAGCAGCAAAAAACAAUUAAUAUAUCAUGAAAAGUCUCAUAAAAUCCCAUGUAAACAUUGCGGCCUUGAGCUGCACCAACAGAGUAUGCGGGCCCAUUUAAACAAGCACAGUGAAAAAUUUAAGUGUCUGGUGUGUCUACAAUGUUUUAACUCCCGCGCAAUGUUGAAUGAUCAUAUGGCAUCCAUCCAUACAAAAAUGAAGAAUCAUGUCUGCGAAGUAUGUGCUAAGGUGUUCUCCACAAAGAGCUCCUUAAGUAUGCACUUAAAAACUCACAAAGACAACAAAGAUUACAAAUGCGGGAAGUGUCAAUAUGCUACAAGAACUUCAGCAGCUCUUUACAUACACAUGUCAACACAUUCCAAUGAAGUUCACAUAUGCGAGUAUUGUUCAAAAAUUUUCAAGAGCAAUAGGAAUUUGAGUGACCAUUUAAAAAGGGUGCAUUGUAAAAUCAAACGCCACCAUUGUACAUAUUGCAAUAAAACAUUUGCAAUGCGUUACCAAUUAGAGACCCAUGUUAGGAUUCAUACAGGGGUUCACCCCUAUCACUGCGGGAAUUGUCCAAAGACCUUUGCAAGAUCAGAUAACUUAAAGGAACACAUGAAUACCCACCAGAGGAGCAUUUUCUUUAAUUGUUGCACAUGUUCCAAAACAUUUCUCACCCGAAGAGGAUUAAAAAAACAUAAAUGUAAAGAUUCAUCAGGAUAGUGCAUUUUAAUCCCCUUUCAAACUUUUUAGACGUCAUGAUCUCAUAUUUUUAUUUCAUUUUCACUUCAGUUAUUUAUUUUUGUAAAAAUUAUUAAAGAAAUAUUUUUGGUUCA